UGCGAUCUGUCUAUAAAAGGGCAGCAGAAUAUCCUGCUUUUUGGGAUUGGAUUCUUGUAGUCAUCAUCCUCUCAGACAUCAUCCAGACAAGCAUCCAUCCAAACAAGCCCCACAAGCAGAAUCCCAAAACCGCAACCAUGCAGAUCAAGAACGUUCUCAUCGCCGCCUUUGCCGCCACGGCCACUGCUCAGGACAUCUCCAAGCUGCCCUUCUGCGCUCUCAGCUGCUUCAUCAGCAACUCGGGCGUCAGCGGCUGCGCCAGCGUUCUCGACUUUGCCUGCUCUUGCGCCUCGGCUCCCUACUUUGCCGCCGUCACCACCUGCGCCACCAACAGCUGCAGCGCCGCCGACCAGGCCACCACCCGCGCCUGGGCUGUCGCCACCUGCCAGUCGGUCGGCGUGCCCCUGCCCAACUAGGAGAUUCUCGGUUGAGUGUUAAUGGUCAUGGAUGAUGAUGAUGGAUGGGGUCUUUUGAUGUAAAUAUCCACUUGUGAAAUGAGAAACAAGUAUUUCACAUAAUCUUUGACACGUG